AUGGCCUCCAAGGUCUUACAGAACAACACCAACAGCAACUGGCUGAAGGACCCAGGAUUGCGAAGACUCAAUCUGGGGAUCGGCUUUAUGCUCUCCGCAUCGGCUACAGCCGGAUAUUGUGCUAGCAUGAUCAAUGGCCUUCUGGUCCUGCCCGAAUUCAACAGUUUUCUAUCUGAUCUCGACACGAAUCUCAAAGGUCUCAUCAUCGCAGCCGUCUCGCUUGGUUCCUUCUUGGCAUUUAUACCCGGAUCAUACAUUGCCGACAAUUUGGGGCGGAGGAUCUGCGUCCUCAUCGGAUCGUCACUAGUGAUCGUUGCAUCAAUCGUCCAGAUCGCGACUUCAAACCAUUGGGUUUUCUUCAGCGCACGCGUCCUGGCUGGAAUGGGAGUCGGAGUUUCUCAAACCGCUGCGCCAUUGCUCAUCACUGAAUCUUCACACCCACGUCAGCGACAAGCAUUCACGGGAUUAUACAACGCGCUAUGGUUCAUUGGGUCAAUCACUUCCGCCAGUAUCGGCUGCGCUGGACUUUCGAUAGUAGGAACUUGGUCUUGGAAGCUUCCAUGUCUGACACAGGCGUUUUAUCCGGCCCUUCAGCUGGUUGGUUUGUUCUUCGUUCCCGAGAGUCCCAGGUGGUUGGUAUCUCAAGGCAGAAAGGAGGAGGGAAUGGCCAUUCUCGCAAAAUACCACUCGAAUGGGGAUGAAAACGACGAAUUGGUUCAAGAUGAAUUCUAUCACAUCUGUCAGAGCAUUGAUGCCGAAUCAGGAUCCAAGUCAAAGGGUUGGGCUACAUUCUGGGAAAGCUCCAGCAACCUGCAUCGUCUGGCGAUCUGUGUCAUGCUCGGUUUCAUGCAAGAGUGGUCCGGAAAUGGCGUGGUCUCCUAUUACCUUGCACCCAUUCUGACCUCGGUUGGUAUAUAUCGUGCCGCCUACCAAGGCGCUAUCAACAUCAGCCUCCAGGUGUGGAACCUGAUGUUCGCCGUCUGCGGAGCAAUGGCCGCAGAUCGAUUCGGACGACGAAGGCUUUGGCUGAUCGCAACCACCUUGAUGUUUGUCUAUCUUGCCGUUGCGACAGCCAUGUCCGGCCUAUUCACGGAGUUGAAGAUUUUGGAGGCUGGCAUCGCGGUGGUACCAAUGCUAUUCCUCUUCUGUGCCGCCUUUGACAUGGCAUAUAUGCCGUUGUUCAUUGCAUACCCGGCGGAAAUCUUGCCCUUCCAACUUCGUGCGAAGGGUCUCGCCGUGACACUUACUACGGACUCCAUGGCGUGUUUCUUCAACCAAUACGUCAACCCAGUGGCGUUUGCAGCAAUCCAGUGGAGAUACUUUGUCGUCUAUCUGGCCUGCCUGGUCAUCUUCUUCGCGACAAUCUACUUCCUCUUCCCCGAGACCAAGGGUCUAUCUCUGGAACAGGUCGGGCGAAUCUUCGAGAAGGAGAAGGCCUACCAAGCGGAUACUCCCACCUCAGAGAUCUCGCAGGAGCUACUUGUAUACACGAAGAAGAGCAGCACUUCUUCGUGA